UGAGUUAUGACUAUCUUUCUAAUUCAGUUUCUCUUCCUUCGUGUGUUUGUUAAAUAUUUCUCUCAAUAAGUAAUGAAGGAAAUAUGCUUUGUUCUACUGGUCACGUUUCAUUAUGUUGCAGCGAUAUUCGAAUACGGAGAACACAAAGCGGGUGAAGUCUUUGCUUUUGAAUUAAAGGAUGCAAUACAGCCAUAUAUUCCUAUCCACAGAGUAAAUAUUACGCAUGGCGAUAAAGACGUGGAAGAACAUUACACAUACCUUAAAGUGGAGACCGAAACAGAGUCUGCCCCUGCAAUCCAUCCAAACAUUAUUUUCGAUUCGGAAAGCAAUAUGUUAACUUUCUUUAUCAGGUAUCCACUAUACAAGGUAAAGUUUGUCAUCACCGGCUAUGCGAUGCCAAUGAUAGGCUAUACUGGAGCUCCAGGUUCUUCUGACAACACUGGUACUACUGAUGACGAGUAUUUAACUCAGUCAACCGAUCAACCGGAACGUUCUCAUAUGCAUAAGUUGUUUAUAAGUCUCAAUAAAGGAAAAUAUUAUUAAAA